CCUCAGAUGAAAAUCCCACCAAAUGAAUGUCUCAAUAAAAUAAAAUUAUGCCAAGAACCUUUAAGAAUGGUGGCAGCAAACUCUAAUAUCCCAGCAGAUGAAAUUCCGGUCCCCUGGUCAAACCAUGCUGUAAAUAACAAUUAUAACAUUAUGCAGACGAGUGCAUUUGGAGGCUUUUACAAUGACAUGAAAAUGGUAAACUCUGCAAGGUGGCAAGAAGAACAAGUCUCGCUUGAUGCAUUCCUAAAAAAAUACCUUGAACAUAAUUCCAUGUUUAUAUCAGAGAAUGAUUCACCAAAGGAAGGACUGAAGCAUUAUGAUUAUGAGGGUGAAGGAUCUGUUACCGGUUCCAUUGAGAGCUGCAGCUUCAUCGAGUCUAAUGAUGAUCUGGAGUUUAUGAACAAAUUGGGUUCAAAGUUCAACACCUUGGCUGAGGUGUGUGGAUUCAGACAGACUGACCCAAAAGUUAUUGUUAAUACUGGUGAGAUAACACCAAAUGCAGCUGCAUCUUCAAGUCACAUGACCAACAUCGUUCAGCCCAGUCCCGAGGAGAUACCUGUUAAAUCCCCACUUGUCCAACCUGAACCUAAUCAGGGGACUGUCAUACAGGAGCCUAUGUACUAUGUAUUCAACCAGCCAAUGGCAAGCAAUGUUUUGCUGUCAGAGAAUGGGCUUGGCCAAGGUGUGUACAUAAUUAAUGGAACUUCAGAAGCUGGGAGAUUUCUGACUCAAGGUAACGGCCAUACACUUGAACAUUUUGGUAGUGGACAACAGGCUGUUCUAUCAAACAACAUUAUUGGUGAUUCAGUAUUGUACUCACAUAUUGGACCUCAAAAUCCAGUCAUGACUACCACAGGUUUAGGAGAAGUUAAUCCUGCUGCAAUUCAAAACCUUGCACCAACUUCAAACCUUGUAGUAAUGCCACAGCAACAACUAGAUAGAAUUGUUUCACUGCAGAUGUUAAGAGAGAACGGGCAGGGCAGAGUAAAAAGCCAGCUAUUAGUAAGUGGUCCUUACCCGAGUGCUUCAAAAGAAGGUGUAGAUAGUAGACUGCUGGUUAGUGGUCAUUCUAUUCUAGAGGCUCCUGUUAGUGGAGGUAAUUUACUGGCUGCAGGCCCAGGUCAGUAUCCUAUGUCUAUGAAUGCAGGAACUCCAAACCUAGUGGGACUGCCUCAAGUUCAAACUGGACAGAUAAAUAACAGUCAGCUAUUAGUAAAUGGUGUUCAGAACAUUGUAUCAGGGAAAGGUGGACAGAUCAGACAAUUGGUUAGUGGUCCCACAAUUCUAGAGGGUUCAAGUCAGCUUCCACUUGCCAUGAGUUCAGGAGUACUUAGUCCAGUGGAACUUCCACAGGCAGCAAACAGACAGUUAUUCCGUUCUACAGUGUCCAGAGUUCUGACUUCAAUGGUUAUGAUGCCAAAAUCCAAAGGACAUGCAACAAAUGGGCAGUGGAACAUUGAGCAGUGAUCUAAUUUUUGGUCUAGUGGCAUUAAUACCUCUUUAAUUCUCAGGAUGGGAUUGUCCGCAGGGAAAAACAUAAACUAUUUUAAACAUUAGCUGAAUUAGAAGUAUUUAGUAUUAAAAUGACAACAAUAAGUGAGUAUGAGCAUUUUUAAGAAUUGUAAAAUUUUCAAUAUUAUUUGGCCUGGGUGGUCUGUACCUAUUUCAAGGCCAAUAUUUUUAAAGAUAAAUAACUUGAUUAACAAUACAUAUUUAAUGUAUUCUAAAGCUCUUAUUUUCUGUAAAUCCUGUAAUCAAAUAUUAUUAUAUUUAUUAUAAAGGUGAUUAAUUUAAAAUGAGUGUUGAUUAUUAUUAGUCGGUUCAGUCACACGAUUCCAUGGACUUACAUUAUAUUUGCAUUACUGUGAACAACAGGGAGGAGUCGAUGUUAUGUCCUCUGGAAUUCAUACCACAGUUACUACUACUUAACAUUUCUUUCAAUAUUUCAAAAUGUGGUUUCUCUUGGGAUUUUUGUCAUUAGUGAAGGUAUGACUGUGGGCUACUACUCUGUGAUUAAAAACUUAAUGUAAUGUUAAGUUGUUUGUAAGAUGGU